GGAACGACAAUCUAUUUUUUGAAGGUUUGGUUCGAAUCUUCCGAUCCCACAGACCUUUAUCUACCUGCACUUGUUUUGGCUUCGAAGUUUCUCCAUGACUCCGAUACGUACGACAGGGCAUCAAAUUCUGAUUGGGCGGAAGCUGCAAACAUCUCGAACCAGCACUUAAACCAGCUUGAGUGGGAGUUCGUUCAGAAAAUGGUAAGCAGAAUUUCCUAUUCUGUUUUUGUUGCUUUAUCUCGUUGUAUCCAAUUUCUCUACCCUUCAGCUCGAGCUAGGUUUAUCUCCUUUAAUCCGUUUUAUCAAUUCCAGAAUUGGAACGUUAUGGUUGACGAAGCUGAAUUUGAACGAUGGCUGUCUUUUUUCGAAAGCUGGGUUGCCAAUGACUUCGUCGCAAAAAAUGGUUUCUGCACCUACAACGAACUCCUCCAGCUCAGUUCAUCAUUUCCAUUAAUACCAUUGCUUCAAGCGAUCAUCUCAUUCAUUGGGUUAAUGACUGCAGUCUACACCGUCUCCAUCAUGUCUCUUCUCGCUGUUCCAAGCGCUUUGUCAUCUUUAGAGACAACCUUUGUUGAAAAUCAUACUAUUGCCGCCUUGCCAAGCAUCGCUUUUCUACCUGAAGAUAGUAAAAAAUCUCGUAUCCCCUUUAUCCCUCAAAAUGAUAACACAGAUGAAUUUGACACUGAUUCGUUAAUGUACUUGAUAGAUGGGAAUUCCAGUGUUGUCGAAUGCAAUGGAAAUUUAGAUGAUCCUGAUUGUAUUGUGCACAAGUUUGAUCGGUUUUCUAAUAGUUGUCUUAGUUUCAUCGGUUUCUCUUUCACUGAUUACUCUGUACACCCGUUCGUUCACAUGGUUUCUUGAAA